GUCACAACGGACGACACAGGCGUUGCCUGAAAACGUUUUAAGCAGUUUUUAUGGCUACAUAAGUAGCCUUUUAUUACGUGUACAAACAAGGAGAAUAUCCAGCCCGGUGGAGGAGUUUUGUUAUUUGUCCCACGACAAGGAUAAGAAAGGGAAUAAGGGAUUUUGUCUCGGGCUCUGUCCUUCCUGUUCAGCCCUUUGUUUUUCAGUGUUUCGCUCGAGCAGGCGACCAGCAGCGCCCCCGUGCGAACCAGCAGAAGAGAGUCCGAGGAUAGGGAGCCAGACGAGCGGCCGAGUUUCUUGCCUCCCGUGCGACGUGGGUCCCCCCAGCUCAGCUGUCCGAUGCGGAGUGAGGAUGAGUCCCGCUCUAGAAGCCCUCAUGCAGGCGGACGGGACUCCUUAUCCCGGAAAAGGGGUGAUGCUUGAGCCCUUCGUGCACCAGGUGGGAGGCCACUCCUGUGUGCUACGAUUUGGGGAACAAACAAUCUGCAAGCCCCUUAUUCCCCGGGAGCACCAGUUCUACAAGAGCCUCCCCCCAGAAAUGAGGAAGUUCACGCCUCAGUAUAAAGGUGUGGUGUCAGUCAGUUUUGAGGAGGAUGAGGAAGGGAACCUGUGCCUCAUUGCCUACCCCCUCCACAGUGAAUCAGGAGACCUGGAAAACAAAGAUCCCUCAGCAGACUGCGAGCCUAAGACCAAGAUGCUGAAGUGGAGCAACAAGAAACAGUCCACUUUGCUUCUGGAGAACGACAACUACAGCAAAGAAAGAGCUCGACACAGUCGUAAGGAAGACAAGAUCAUGAGUUAUAAUCGUGAUGAGGUGGUGGUGCAGCAGCAGCAGCAGGCGGAGGUGCUCUACUUCAGCCUGGAGAAAGGCAACGUGGUGCCACAGAUCAAACACAACCCCUGGAGUCUCAAAUGUCACCAGCAGCACUUACAGAGGAUGAAGGAGAAUGCAAAACACCGUAACCAAUACAAAUUUAUUCUUUUGGAGAACCUGACGUGGCGCUACACAGUACCAUGUGUCUUAGACUUGAAGAUGGGAACUCGCCAACAUGGGGAUGAUGCAUCAGAGGAGAAGAAAGCCAAUCAGAUCCGCAAGUGUCAACAGAGCACAUCUGCCUCUAUUGGAGUGCGACUUUGUGGCAUGCAGGUAUACCAGUCAGACUCAGGCCAGCUGAUGUUCAUGAAUAAAUACCAUGGUCGUAAGCUGACCCUCGCAGGUUUCAAAGAGGCCCUCUACCAGUUCUUCCACAAUGGGCGUCGCCUGCGUCGAGAGCUGUUGUCCCCGGUGCUACGCAGACUCCGCGAAAUGCAAGCUGCCCUGGAAGCCUGCGAGUCCUACCGCUUCUACUCUAGCUCGCUGCUCAUCAUCUAUGACGGAGACCCCCCCAGGACUCCCACUAGACCAAGACACCGUGGUGGGGAGGAAGGUGAUGAGGAUGAGCCAUCAGAUGAAGAGGAGGAGGAAGAGGAAGAUGAGGAGGAGGAAGAGGAGGGGGCUUUUGGUUUCCCUCGUUCCUCCUCAGCAGGUGGCAGCAGCAGUGUGGCUGCAGCGAGCAGUAACAGUGGCAGUAGUCGCCCCUCCCACGGCUCAGGAGAGGCCAGCAGCCCGGUGGUGGACGUGCGCAUGAUUGACUUUGCUCACACCACCUGUCGGCACUAUGGAGAAGACAGUGUAGUGCAUGAAGGCCAGGACAGUGGCUUCAUCUUCGGCCUCCAGAACCUGAUUACUAUCAUUUCCCAGCUGGAGGAUCACAGUACUGACUGAAGCUGCAGUGGAGUCUGAAUGGUCUGAAUUUCUAGCCUGGGAAAAGGCUCGCUGAGCUGAAACCCCUGCUACUCCAAGGUGCAUCGUCCUUAUGCCUACAUGGGGGUCUGACCCUCCUCUGCUUGGAGGGAACCUCAGACACCUCAGGGUCAGGGGAGAGUCUGUGUGGUCGUUGUGCACUCUCCCUCACUUGCCAGAGGACAGGGCUGCCUGUGCCCUUACUUGCACUUUUCUCUUUCUGAGACUGCUCCUUUUCUUUGUUAUUCGUGGUAGGAGAAAUGUUGUUCAAGACAGAGGUCUCUUAACAAACACCAGGACUCCUGUAGCAUCCUAGGACUCUCCUCCUCUGGUACAGACAAGUUUCUUUAUUGUUAAAUUCUCUCUGAGAGAGAGAGAGCGAGGCAGAGAUAAGUGAAGCUCAAGUGUAGUUCUAGGAGCCUGACGUGGUGCUUUACCUGUGUUAUGACAUAUGUGUUUUUUUUUUGGAUGAAGUUUGGACUACCAGUCCCUAACAGCACAGCACAUUAUUAGUGGGGAAGAUGACUAUACAAGCUGACCAUGGCUGGCUAGGUCAGCAGCCUUGUAGCAAUUGACAACUUAAGCUUCUGAUAAGGACAUUUUGUGUUUAUAUUGGUGUCUUUUAAGACCCUCUUAACAAACAAGGUUUGUGUGUCCACCGGGCACUUGGAUUUACACGUUUUGGUGGAAGAACAAGAUUAUUUAGGUCUAGAAGAAGGGAUUUGCCUUUUUUCAACAGUUGUUCUCCCCUGUCCCUUUUGCCUAUAAACACAAGACAUUUUGAAAAGGGGAUUGCAAAGGGGAUAUUAUCCUUGUUUUGUCACUGUCUUUGUUUUCAUCUGAUUUUUCCUCUUCAUUCCCGAAACUUUGACUAAACAAAGAGAAUAUAUUGAUUAAAAACACUAGUUAUAAAGACUAUAUAGAGACUAUUUAUUUGAAAGGAUUGUUUAAAAAUACAAAAAAACAGUGGAAACAAGUACAUUCCAUAUUACCACUAUAAAUGUUCUGAUACCGACUUUGAUUUAUUUUGUUAUUGCAAGAGCGGAUACCUCUCUUGUAUACCUGUGUGUUAACAGUGUCUUGGUUAAUAAAGGCAUUCAUU